AUGGCAGCUAACAAGGAAUACGUACUCCUCGCUUUAGAGAACCCUCUUCUAGAUAUCCAGGCCCAAGGCAAUGAGGAGCUCCUCAAGAAGUACAACCUUAAGGCCAAUGAUGCGAUCCUAGCCUCUCCCGAACACAUCCCCAUUUACGAAGAGCUACUAAACAACUAUGAUGCCAAGCUGAUUGCUGGUGGUGCCGCCCAAAACACUGCCCGUGGAGCUGCAUACAUACUCCCGCCUAACAGCGUCGUCUACCUUGGUGGUGUCGGUAACGACAAGUAUGCUGACAUCCUCCGCGAUGCCGUCAAACAGGUCGGCCUGAGGGUCGAGUACCGCGUCGACCCCGAGACCCCCACCGGCAGGUGCGGUGCCAUCAUCACCGGCCACAACAGGAGCUUGGUCACCGACCUUGCCGCCGCCAACCUAUACGACAUUGACCAUCUCAAGAGCCCUAAGAUAUGGGAGCUCGUUAAGAACGCCGAGUUUUACUACGUCGGUGGUUUCCACUUCACCGUCUGUCCCCCUGCUAUCCAGGCCCUCGGCGAAGAGGCUGCUGCCAACAACAAGACGUUCAUUGUGAACAUGAGCGCGCCCUUUAUCGCCGAGUUCUUCAAGGACCCUCUAGACGCAUCAUCCCAGUACUGGGACUACGUGAUCUGCAACGAGUCCGAGGCCGCCGCUUAUGCGCGCUCGCACUCCCUGUCUGUUGCCGAGACCGACGUUGCAGGUAUUGCAAAGGCCCUUGCCAACCUACCCAAGGCCAACACCAAGAAGCCUCGUGUCGCCGUUGUCACCCAGGGUACCCUACCUACCAUUGUUGCUAUUCAGGGCCAGGAUGAGGUCAAGGAGUUCCCUGUCCACGCCAUUGACACUUCCAAGAUCACCGACACCAACGGCGCUGGUGAUGCCUUCGCUGGUGGUUUCGUCGCUGGUCUCGUCCAGGGCAAGUCCCUCGAGGAGAGCGUCGAUAUUGGCCAGUGGCUCGCGCGCCUAAGCAUCCAGGAACUAGGUCCUUCAUACCCCUUCCCCAAGCAGGUCUACCAACCCUCGUAA